AUGUCUUCUGAACCCGACAAAUCAAAAAUCACAACUACCUACAAGGCGGCGAAGGCUCAGGGAUUUCGUGGCUUCAAGGACUUCUUGGAGUCGUAUGGGUUGCGGGUUUGGGAACCGGACGAUGUAGAAGAGGGAAAGGCGAUUCUGAGGGCCAUGGGAUAUAACAUCUCGUGA